CAUAAUUUUUGUAACACUGAUUAAUUAAUGAUUAUUUAGUUAAUGAAAAAAUAAAGAAAAACGAAGCGUUUAUAUUAGCAUAAUUUCGUAAACGAAGAUUUAUACAUAAGUGCACAUAUUUCCACCUGUGAUUCUAUGGGUUUGAAAUGACAUCUGUUUGUUAUGAUAUAAAAACUUUAAAAAUAUAUUUUAAUAAAUUGAUCUAAAAAAAUUUUGGGUUAAAAUGGAAGGUGGAGAUUGGAAAAACAAUAUAAUAAGUCAAUUGCAAACUCGUAAUAAACGGGAAACAAUUGCCUUCCAAGAUAUUAUAACUUUUCAAAGUCGACUUUUUGAUAAUGUUAGCACAUUAAAAAAUGAAAACUUGCAGCUAACUUUAUUAAAUGAAAGAAUAAGAUUUUCUAACACAGAAAGUGUAUUAUCUAGUGGAGGUGGUGUAUCUAAUGAGAGGAUACAAGCUUUGGAACAGAAGAUUCUUUCCCAACAAGAGGAACUAACUUCCAUGCACAGGCGGCGAGGAGAGAGUGCGCAGCAAAUCAUUAACCUAAAUGCAAAAGCACAUGACUUAGAAAAGAGUUUGCAAGCUAAAGAUAUAAUAAUUUCAGAGAACACUGCAUUAAUAGCGUCACUUAGAGCAGAGAUUCAAAUGUAUGAAACAAAUAUGGCUGAAUUACAAGGAUUAAAUCAAGUAUUAAGGGAUGAACAUCAAGCGUUACAAAUUGCAUUCGCAGCUAUUGAAGACAAAUUACGGAAAUCACAGGAUGAAAAUCGGUCUCUUGUUGAAAGACUUAUUAAAUACAAAGCCAAAGAUGCGGACAAAAUGAACGAAGAAAAUGAACACUUCUUAAAGUCAAGCAACCCUACUGCGUUUUUCAUCAACACGUUUGGUAGAGUUAGUUUCGGGAAAAAAAGUGAUAAAGUCCGCAAAGAAUUAGAAGAAGCGGCCAGAGAAGGUGGCAGUAGAAGUAGUGGUGGCUCUGGGGGUAGCACAGAUGAUAAAAUAAUGGAUGCCAUGCCUUACUACGCUACAACACUGCCUACUAAAGUCGCAUUAAGAUUUGACGCACACGACGGUGAAGUAAAUGCCGUGAAAUGGAGCCCGACAGACCGGCUCGUAGCGACCGGCGGAGCUGAUAGGAAAGUCAAACUCUGGGACGUAUCUAAACCUGGCCUUAUUGAAAAUAAGGGAACACUCGUGGGGUCCAAUGCGGGCGUGAUGUCAGUGGACUUCGACGCCACCGGCGUGUACAUCGUAGGAGCUUCCAACGACUUCGCGAGCCGCGUGUGGACCGUCGGCGACCAGAGACUAAGGCAUACCUUGACCGGUCACAGUGGAAAAGUGAUGGCGGCAAAAUUCCUCGGUGAACCCACUAAAGUAAUCACCGGCAGUCAUGACCGUACUCUCAAAAUUUGGGAUCUUAGAAGUAGAAUGUGUACAGAAACAAAGUUCGCAGGAUCAUCUUGUAACGAUCUCGUGACGUCAGACGGUGCGGGUUCUACAAUCAUCUCGGGACACUUCGAUAAACGAAUACGCUUCUGGGACAUACGCACUGAAAUGUCGGCCAAUCACAUCAUGCUCCAGGGCAAGGUCACAUCACUCGAUCUCAGCAGAGAUAGCAAUUACUUAUUGGCGUGUGUUCGAGAUGAUACGAUACAGCUUAUAGAUUUACGGAUGAACACAAUAGUACGAUCUUUCAGUCACGAGUCGUUUAAGGUGGGUUGCGACUGGUCGAGAGCAGCUUUUGGGCCAGUUGGACGACUUCUAGCUGUGGGCGCAGCAGAUGGAGCAGCAUAUGUAUGGAACACACAUUCAGGAAGACUGGAAGCGGUGCUGAAAGACCAUUCGUCAGCAGUGACGGCGGUAUCGUGGCAUCCGCAGUCUGGUCUUCUGGCUUCAGUGGAUCGAGGAAAACGAGGCGUUAUUUGGGGAGACUUGUGACAAGCCUGGGACCACGUCCCGCUCCAGACAAUGGAACCGAUUAGCAGUCCGAAUCUCGACGAGUCUGAAGGCGAUGGUGCUGAGGUGUUUGAUUUCUUACGGGGUAUCACCACAGACAUCCUACACAGAUUCGCUUAGACCAGUACAUGGCUCGACUUGGAAAAAAACUUGAUUCUAUCGUUUGACUUUUUUAAACGUAAUACCUGGAUGUUUAGACAGCUAAUAUUAGAGUGAUAUCGAUCAAGGUAAUUGGAAAAAAUAUUACUCGUAGUAAUACGAAUAUGUAUUUGAUGAUACGAACUGAUUGGUGUGUAACAAAGGAAGAGGUGCUACGUUUAUUAUAAUUUGUUUUUUUUUUAUAAUACUCUUGUAGUGUUGCCAGUUGCGUUGUGUAUAUUGAUAUGAAUAUUUUUUAUUAAUUAGAUUUUAUCAAAAUAUUAAAUUUAACAUCAUUCCUUUUUAUAUGAAUGUGAAAUCUUUAUAAUUGAUGGUGAUUCGUGUAUUUAUUAUUAAUAAAAGUUCGAAUUUUAAAUAUUUGAAAUUCUAGCCAAUUAAUGCUUUACGUUAUAAAAAUUUAGUUGUCAGUUAAUUCAAAAGAUUAUUAAGGAAUAACAAACGUGAGACGCAUAAACCGCAACCAUAGUAGCAAGAACGACUGGUUAGAUCCAGUUUAGAUGAUCGUGAUAUGAGCAUUACAAUGCUGCAUCUUCAAAUUUAGAGUACAAUAAGCUAUAAAUUAAUAGGCGUCGUAUGUUGCUGUCGACGUGACAUGAUAUUUGUUUCACUUGGGGUGGAUCACGAGCCACCUGUAUCGAGCGCUCAUUACCACACAAUGAUAGGACAGUUGUAGUCGCUACUAGUUAGGUACUGGCUACCGAUCGGUCGCCGCGCAAUUCAGAGCCCCAUUUAAAACUCGUUAUGUUUUAUCUUAAUAUCAUAAUUUCGACAAUAUUCAUAAUAACUGUAACGAAAACGAAUUAAUAAAAUAUUACAUACUUAUUUUGCAAAAAUGAUAUUGAGUACUGAUGAAAAGUUAUAGAACGUACGCAAUUCUGAAUCGAUAGAACCUUAUUAAAAUGUAUCGAUUUAUUACAUACAUACUCGUAUAUGCUAUAUUUCCUGGGUUAUGUUACAAAUAUUACGUGUUUGUAUAUGUAUUAAAAUUCUCAAUGUAUAUUAAAUGUUCUAAUCAAGUUUUAUGGCUGGAGCAUCCGGGUAUUCACAUUGUGCGAAACAUUAAACGAUACGUCUGGUUGAGAUAAUUGAGUUCAGUGACAUUAAAUAGUCAUUCUAAUAGCAAACAGUCGAUACUUUUAAGUAAAUGAACAAGAGAAGUAAGCGUCCGCGCCCGCACCGCGGUGGUGCGAGCUGCGACCGGCGCGGGCCCACGCCGCGGGCGACACAUCCAUAAUCCCGUGACGCAUGUUUUGACAGUCGUGCUCGCCUACUUUUUGCCGAUGUUUUUACGAGAUUUUUUACUCGAAAGUCCAACGACCCCACGAUAUUUUUAUAGCACUAUUUUCACAUGUAAUUACGCGUAUAACAGGCGGCUUAAUUACCCGAAACUGCUGCGACGACGGUUGGAAUUCGAUCAAAAAACCUAAUUCGUUGCCGCUCAAAUUACGCUUCGUUAACCUUCUUCUUGGUUAACGUCUAGUUUGCAUGGGAUACCAAAAUGGCGCCUCGUCUCUCUACAUAAGAAUUAUUCUUGCCAAAAAGACAUGUCAUAUAUUUAAAGAUAUUAAAUUGCCAGCAUUCGUUAUUAAAAUGUAUAUUUACCUAACGGUGACCACAAUCAUGUUUAAAAUAUCGUUAGCUAUGACGAAAACUAGUCAUAUACGGUUUUUCUAUUUUGAAAUGAAUUUAAUUCUGACACAUAUUUAUUCGAUUAAAUUUAGACACUUAGUUACAUUUGGCAACGUUAAGAGUAAAUGAUAAUGUCAACUAUUUAAACAUAUACGUAUUUAUUUAACGUCUUCCUUUUACAAAUAUUAUACAUGCGAGAUAAAGAUAAAACUGACACUGAACAUAACAUUGAAUAACAAAUUCCAAAUGAUUGAUACUCAAAAGAGAGCUCAGCGAAUGAAUUUAAUAUAAACAGUUAAAAUAUAAUAUUCAAGUACAUUUUUUAUGUAUUUUUGUUUUAUAGAUGGCUAAUAUAUUAACACAUCGUUUGCGUUAUAUUACAGAGGAACGCACAUUUUAAAUUAUUAUAUUUGAAACGGUAUAAAUUUCGCAUAAAGUUGUCGAGGGCAAGGUUCGUACUACAGUAACGGUAAAUCGACGCGUGAGUAAAAAUAGAUUUAGCAGGUUAGCUUUUAUCUCGUAUUUUAUUAAUAAUUCAGCGCUUUAUGCUGAAAACAAGUGCCUUUUAUUGGAGUUAUCCGUAUGAAGUACUCAUAUUUUUAUCGAAGAUGUUUUUAAGCUGCGUUUCUAUUCACGUUAUAAAUAAUAUAAAGGCCUUUAUGCGAGAUUUUUUUUUAUCAUUAAUAUUUUUAGUGUCUGCGGUAGGCUUAUGAUAAUCAUAGUUUAUAAUUAUAUUUAACAAAGACUGUCGUCGAUAUAAUAUCAUCACAGAUUAAAAAUAUAUUUUAAUUCUUAUAAUAGAUUUACGGAACUUCCUCGAUAGUUUUUUGCUGAUGUAAUUUCCUAUUUACCUAAUUAAUUCGUUUGAUUUCAUUUUAAAGAUAAAGAUAAUUCCACAAUUUCAUAGAAACACAAUACAUUAUAUUAUCUAUAUAACUAGUCGUUAAAUAUU